AUGUCAGGCGGUUUCUGGGGCUGGGCUCGAAAGCUGCAGAUGAAGUGCUCAUGCAUGGAGUCUGAAAUUGAUCAUAACGACGCUCCAAUAAUCAGCGAAACACAAGAGCCAAGCAAUGAAGGCAAAACAUUUACUGUUAUAAUUCGAUUUUUGACUGGGAAAACUUUGAAAGUUGAGGUAAAACAAGGCGAUGGAGUUAAUCAUUUGAGGUCGAAAAUUCAAGAUUUAGAUGGGACUCCAAUAGCCCAGCAAAGACUGAUCUUUGCAGGCAAGCCAAUUGGGGAAGAAAAUCCAAAUGAGCUUUUAUCUGAAUGCGGAAUAACUGGACCUGCAACUAUUCAUUUAUUACUGAAAUUGGCAUCAUAA